UUGUUGACUUCACCGCGAAAUAUCAACAAGUGAACACCUACACAGCACUGUAAAUGUCAUUGGAUAUAGCUUUUAAUACAUUUUAAACAGUUUUAAGGAUUAAAUUACAUAAUUGUGUAAAUGUUUAGUUAUUUUGUGUAAGUUUAUCGUGUUGCCGGUGUGAUGAGUCGGACUAAAGCCGCCGUGAAUGUGGAGGUGAAGCGGGUGAUCUCGGCUCUGUGCAGGCUGUUAGCCGACUCAGGCCUGGACUCAGUCCCAGCUCCAGAGACCUUCAGGCGGGCUAAAUUUGGAGGAGGACCCGAGGUGGAGGUUCAGUUUUGGGGACUUCUGGCCAACAUGAUUCAAUCAGCUGAAAUUGUCUCCUGUGAAUCUUGUUCACAGCUAAGAAGAGAGCAAAAGAAGCUGGUUGCUGCUGGUCUCUGGCAGACUGGUUACCAUGCAGACUGGAUGUUUGGGAGUGAGGGAGGAGACGUAGGUGAAGCAGGCCGAUGUUCAAGCAGAGAGCUCCUCCUGGCUCUGGGCUGGCUGCUUGCUGCAGGAAUAAUGGAGAAACUGGUGACAAGAAGAGUGCAACAGCUGGACAAAACACUGGUCACACCUACACAUGUAAACAUUAAUUUUUCCAGUGAACUUCAGGUAGAUUCACCAACUUUGAGGAAACUUCAGUGGCUCGUCGGCUCUCUGAGACAUCAGAACCGGAUCCUGCUGUCCAUGCAAGAAGAGAGAACACGCUUGCUUCAUGCUGUUUUACUUGCUGGACUCUCCUCCUCUCCAUCCUCCUCUGAUCAAAGCUCAGCAGAACUGCGGGAGGAGUGUGUGGGUUUGCGGCGGAUGUGUGAGCUCCUUGAAUCUUAUCUGAACUGGAAACAGGUGGAGAGCAUCUUCUGGACCUGGAUGGACAGUGUGGUGGACUGCCAUCUGACAGAUCCGGUUGUUGUUGAGAGGAACACACAUACUAUCAAAGGGAGGGCAAGAGUUUGUCACCAUCAAAACCUUGGGCUCAAGAAAAUGGAAGACAUGCUUCUGAGACUGCCAACAGGACAGAAAGGAAAAAGGAGUAGCAGAGGGGAUGCAGAAGUCAGACAAGAUGGAGGAGGAAGAUUACAGGCUGGAUCUGACUUCUCCUCACCGCCUAGUCUUCUUGCCUCCUCCCUCUCCCAUCCCUCCCUUCAUCAGGCCUACCGGGCCAGGUUUCAGUCACCAGGUUUGAUCAAACCCAGCAGACAACCGGCAGACGGGGCCUGGAGUGAUGCAGGAGCUCCAGAAGAGCUUAAAGCGUCUGAGGUCGCUCAGCUGCUCCAUCGGACGGAGGCGCUGCUGCUGGAGAGGAGGAAUGCACAGAGACUGAGCAACAGGAUGCAGCUGCAGGAGAUGUUCAGCAGACAGGACGAGCUGGUGUUGAUAUCACCAUAAAAAUAGGAACUGCCUAAGAUAUGUGUCAUGGAAUUGCUGUGAUAUUCAUAAAAAAUAUUAAUUUAUUCACAAAUAAAUGCAUUUUUAUCAUUA